CUGUGGGAGUCGAGGAAAUUGGAAUUGGAAUUCUUCAUCACUCAUGUGCCGUGGUUUGUGAUGAGAAACUAAUAAAAUCGUUUGAAAUAGUUAAUUAGUAUUUUGACAUAAUAAGUUUAUUCAUCUGUUCUGUACGUGCCUAAGAACAUUUUAAAAAUGACGUCACUCAAUCCAGUCAGAAUCCUUAAAAAUGAAGCAGAAGAAGAAAAGGCUGAAAUUGCUCGUAUGUCAUCAUUUAUUGGUGCUAUUGCCAUUGGUGAUUUGGUAAAGAGUACUUUGGGGCCUAAAGGAAUGGACAAAAUUCUAGUUGGUCAUGGACGCAAUGAGGGAUCUUUGGAAGUCACCAAUGAUGGGGCGACAAUCCUGAAAGCCAUUGGAGUUGAUAAUCCUGCGGCUAAGAUCUUAGUAGACAUGUCCCGUGUGCAGGAUGAUGAAGUGGGUGAUGGCACUACUUCUGUCACUGUUCUUGCUGCUGAAUUACUUCGAGAGGCUGAAAAGCUAGUAGAUCAAAAAAUUCAUCCCCAGAUUAUUAUCGCAGGCUGGAGACGUGCCACAAAUAUUGCUCGUAAUGCUUUGAAGGAGUCAUCUAUGGACAAUAGUGCCGAUCCAGAAAAGUUCCGUGCUGAUUUGAUGAACAUAGCAAGGACAACACUUAGUUCAAAAAUUCUAUCUCAGCACAAGGAACAUUUCUCUCAACUUGCCGUAGAUGCUGUGCUACGACUGAAGGGUAGUGGUAACCUCAGCGCAAUACAGAUCAUACGUAAAAAGGGAGGAGUACUUGAAGAUUCUUUUCUAGACAAAGGUUUCCUGUUGGACAAGAAACCUGGGCAACAUCAACCUAAACGCAUUGAAAAUGCUAAGAUCUUGAUUGCGAAUACACCAAUGGACACAGACAAGAUCAAAGUGUUUGGGUCUCGAGUGAGAGUGGAUUCAAUGGCCAAGAUUGCAGAGCUGGAGGUUGCUGAAAAGGAAAAGAUGAGAGAUAAAGUAGAGAAGAUCAUCAAACACCAAUGUAACGUCUUUGUCAACAGGCAACUGAUUUACAACUACCCUGAACAGCUGUUUGCUGAUGCAGGCGUAAUGGCUAUUGAACAUGCUGACUUUGAUGGCAUAGAACGACUUGCUCUUGUCACUGGUGGUGAGAUCGUGAGCACAUUUGAUCAGCCUGAAAAAGUGAAACUAGGACAUUGUGACCUGAUUGAAGAGGUGAUGAUCGGAGAAGAUACAUUGUUGCGAUUUGGAGGUGUUGCACUCGGAGAGGCCUGCACUAUCGUGAUACGUGGUGCUACUCAACAGAUUAUAGACGAAGCGGAACGUUCACUACAUGAUGCACUCUGUGUGCUGGCAGCCACUGUGCGGGAGACCAGCAUUGUUUAUGGAGGAGGUUGCAGUGAGAUGCUCAUGGCGUGUGCGGUGCAGGCUGAGGCUGCAAAGACGCCUGGCAAGGAGGCUGUGGCGAUGGAGGCUUUUGCUCGUGCCUUGCAGAUGUUGCCAACCAUCAUUGCUGACAAUGCAGGAUAUGACUCAGCCCAGCUUGUCAGUGAGUUACGAGCAGCUCAUGCUCAGGGCAACCACACAACUGGUCUCGAUAUGGAAGCUGGUAAGAUUGGCUGUAUGAAGGAAUUGGGGAUCACAGAAUCCUUUGUCGUCAAACGACAAGUGCUGCUCUCUGCAGCGGAGGCAGCUGAAAUGAUUCUUAGGGUGGAUAACAUAAUACGAGCAGCACCGAGGAAGAGAGUGCAGGACCGUGGGCACUGUUAGAAAACAUAUUUUCUAAAACACAACAAUUCCUAACAAGUUUAAUUUCACAUGCGACUGUUAAAUUUUUACUACUUUUAUUUUACUUUAAGUAUUACUAAUUUUAUUAAUUCAGUUCUAGAACUUAAUUUCCUAUUAACUGAUCAAAUUCAAUAAAACUAUUAAUAAUUA